CUCGCGUUUCAGUCGAACAGACGUGGACCCAGUUUAAGUCCGAACCUAAAACCAAACUUAAACUUAAACUUAAGUCCCAACGAAGUUAUAGUCGUAGUCUUAGUCGUCGGAUCUGGUAAAGUGAAGUCGGGUGGAAGUCGACUCAAUCAAAGCGAGGCAGCUAAUAAAAAGUGCUAAUGGUGUGUUUAAAAUAUGAAUAAACCGAGUAUGCCUGAGCCACAAAAACGGCUACAACAACCACAACCACAACAACGGUAACAAUAACAAAAAAGAGAUUUUCUUUUUCGUGGGACGACGAAGAAAUCGCAUUUGCAUUUCACCGCUGGUAGAUUAAAUUGGUUCAAUCGAUGGAUGUUUUUCGAGUUUGUGUGCGCGUUUCGGCUAAGAGUGCUACUUUCAUAAAAAGGUUACCAGAAUCUGGAAUAAUAAAUAUUUAAAUGCAAAUAUUGGGAACCCGUUAAGAAGCGACGCCGUCGAGCCAAAAUAACAAUAGGAGUUUUAGGGAGAGUCCCAGCGUGAGUGGGCAAUGACUGACAGGCGCUGAUCCGCGACUUUGUAAUGGGCAAUCGCAUUGCAUCGAGCAGGGGCGUGGACGGGGCCGAGGAGGGAGCCGCCGGCGAGGGGAACUCCAGGUUCAAUACGCGCCGUCGAUACCAGCAGCACAAGAGGGAAUACUGCCUGCAGAACGAGUACCGCUCCAAGACCCUGCCCGCCCGCCAUCCCCACCACGAUCCCCAGAGCCCACACAAAUCCGACCAGGAGCGAUUGGGCUCAAGCAGUUGCUUGGGGGCCGGACAGAGUGCCUCCAACAAUGCAACACCGCACAAUGGAGAGACGUCGAGGGUGCUGUUUCUGCUCUACUUGAUACACCGCACCUGGAACGUGGUCAUGGACACGAUGGACUCACGCACUAAAAGCAAUCGUUCACCGCGCGGGGGUUCCCCGCCAAAAGAAGCUCCCGUGGAUAUUGAACUCCAGCCGCGACCUCUCGAUGAGGAGUGCUCCAUUGGCAUCACCGACUUGGACGCAUCUUCGUACUGCUCCCAGUAUUCUUGCUGCAGCUGCAGCUACUGCGAAGUGGACACAGCUGGGACACAGACAAAUGUCUACAGCUCCAUUGGCGACGACUACUCCCUGGACUCCAUGUACGAAGCGGGAAAGUCAAUUGUUGACAGCGACAGCUCGACACUGCAGCGACACCAUACCCAACCUCGUCACCCGGGACACCACCACCACCACCUCCAGAUGGCUCCCAGUGUGUGCGAGCUGGCCGGCCAGGGUCAAAGCAGUCAGGUGGUUCCCCCCUCGAAAGCGGGCGGUUCCAACAGCUCCGGGACGAACAAGUGCGGGGCGAGCAGCCUGAACGGAUCCCUGGCCUCCUACAAGAUUGGCGGCUCCGAACAGAGUUGGCCCCAGGCACCAGUUUACAGCAAGGAAAAUCAACGUCCACCUGUCUACAAUCCCGAGGACUACGUUCACUCACUGAGAAAGUUCAUCAAGGCUAGCAGUUCGGCCAAAAAGGUAUCGAUAUACGAUGUGAGCACGGGUCCAACUGCCAAGGAGGAGGCCUCCAGAUCAGCCACUUUGCCAGCCAAACACUCGGAGUACAAAUCUCCAAUCCCUGCUCCGCCAGAAAACGAUAGGGAGAUGUCACUGCGUCAGUUUGGUUCCAUUACAGAUCUGCUGACCAAGUUGCGGGCUGAUCUCAGAGUCUCCUUUCCCAGCUUCGUCCAAGAGUUUGUGGGCACUCCUGCGGAUGGCAUUAGCCAUUUACUAGAGGUCCUUCGCGCCAUUCAAAUGGCCCAGGCCAGCAAUGCCCCAGCUCCAAUGCCAGGAGCCAGCAGUUCCCUGGCCAUGACCAGGAAUCCCCAGAGCUAUCAGCGUCGUGCUUUGCUAGAUGAACUGUCUUGUCUUCAAUGUCUAAGCAUCUGCUGCUCGCGAUCUCUGGAUGCCAUAGCCCGUCUGGGGAACACACCGGUGGGUCUCAUGCCCCUGGCUUCUUCGGCCACGGGACAGGGCAUCCGAGCUCGCAUCUUGGCCCUCCAAUUGCUCGCCUUCGCCUGCGAUCGUCAGCCUUUCGGAAGUGGCAGCGGUGGUCAGAAGAUAGCUUCUGCUGGACACACAGCAGUAUCGGAUGCCAUGUCCACAUUACGACUGAGAUGCAGUGAACCAGUGCGCUUUCGUCUGCUGGUUGGAAUUCUAAACAGCGGUGGUGGCUCAGGGGAACUCCAGUGUGCGGGGGUCAAAUUUCUCAACACCUUCAUUGAGAGCGCUGUGAGCAUUCAGCAGCGUCUUUACAUCCAAGCUGAGCUCUUCCAGGCGGGUUUGGAUGCCAGUACCUUGGCUCGCACCAUUUCCUCCUCAUCGCCUUGGUUGGAUGCCCUGAAGAUCGAGGUGAAGCGCUUUAACGAACUCCAUAUCGAUGUGGACCAAAUGAUAACCCAGGCCAGGGAUGCGGAACGCGUGCGCAGCCAGAUGGUGAUCCUGGAGCGAAGGGUUCAGAUCCUGCACGAGGAAAAGGCCGUGCUGACCUCCAUGGAGCGUCGGCUUCAAGAGCGCUGUGCCGAGCUGCAGCGCGAGAUCUUUCGCCUCCAGGGAGCCCAGCAGCAGUCCAAAUUCAAGCCGGUGGACUCCUCCCACCAGCCAGUGGCCCUGCCCCGGCAGGUUCCUCCGCCCACGAAGACCAAGCAGAGCAGUUCGGAGCACGAGGAUGAGGGCAUUAGCAGUUCAGAGACGGGUGCAUCCCUCAGUCCGGUGCCCAUUCUUGUGCUGCCCUCCAAGGCCAAGCAAUCCAGGAAACUGGCAGAAGAGGAUGAGGAUGAUGCAGCCACCAUUGAGGACGUCAUCGAGGAGUUGGACAACAUUGUGAGCGAGGCGGAGAAACAGAUCAGCAGCCAGGCGAGCAGUGGAACCAGGACAAAGAUGCGACACCAUCGCCCUUCGGAGAAGGAUAUCGUCCCGGUUAACAUAGUACCACAGCCACCGAGAAAAUCCCGAUCUUUGGCACAUCUGGUGGCCCGUACCGAUUGUUCCGACCAGGAGGGUUCGGAAUACGGAAUGGUCCUACACCAACCGGGAGAUCCCGCUGCCGCCGAGCGACUGGCGGCCAUGCAGAGCUUCUUCGACGAGGUGGACUACGAUGCACCAGAGACGGAUCAACCGCCGGUCUAUCAGAUGGAGUCACCCACGCCGGACAUGCCGGAGGCGAAUGCCACGGCAACGGCCUAUAAUGCCAGCACCAAUCGGGAAUUGCUCGAUGUGAUCAUGAAUGCCCGGCAUGACGAACACGAUCCCACAAUGCAGGCCUUGAGGAAAAGUGUCCAGGAUACAGCGCCCGUGACGAUUGUCCACCAUCCGGUUAAGGUUAAGCCACAGGCGCCACCACCGCCAACUCCGCCAGCCCAGCAAUUCAAUGGAGUCUUCUUCAUGACGGGCAUGAACACACCUCAAAAGUAUCCCAAGCCGGACAUCUCGGCUGCACUGCAGGCCAGGAGGGUCACCAAGAAUGUGGAGCGUCUGGAGGCGGCCUUUGCCUCGGCACAUCCCGAAGCCCUCAAUGAAGCGGCCAUCGGAAGGGAGAAGUCGCGCAGCAAUCAGCAGAUAUACUUCACCAGUAAUCUGGCCAUGAGGAUGCAUGACCACACUGGCUUCGGCAAUCCCAAUGGGGGAAUUGGUCAGGGUCCAACCCUGCGAACGCGAUCCCACACCCAGGGAUCCAUGUCGAAGGUGACGGAUCUGCCGUCAGGCCUCUACUGAAUGAUACUCCGAAUGAUUCUCCAGCACCCGUGCAAUAGCAAUCCACUCCUAGGUAACAACAGCCCAUCAGAUCAGCGUAUUUAUAGAACACAUAACUCUAACCAUACGAUUUAAACACGUUUCUUAUGUAAUAUCUCGAGAUAACUGCAACCGAGACUAGGUUAGUUACGGUGGCAGCUUCAACCGGGUAUCUAGCCGAUAAGUCUUAGUUCAGUAGUUCAUGCCUAGCCUAAUUGAUUAUUUUUCAUUGAAUAAAGUUUUAAUACUAAACUAA